ACAUCAGCCUCACCCUGCGACCGUGACGAGUCCCUCCUCCGCCUGCCGCUGUGGCGACGGAACCACACUGCCAAAGAAGGCCACGGAUUACUCACAGGAACAUCCUAUUAAACCGCUCCUCGUCGCCCACCAUGUCUGCCUCAACCACACCCCCCGAGGCAUCAUAUACCGCCAUGGACCGAGACGUCGAAGCCAUCGGCGCGCACUGCGAAUUCGCCUACUGCCACCAACUCGACUUCCUCCCCUUCCGGUGCGACUCCUGCCGGCACACCUACUGCCUCGACCACCGCAGCGAGACCGCCCACAAGUGCCCCCGCGCCGGCGAAUGGGCCAAGAACCGACGGCGCAACAGCGUCGGGCGAUCCUCCCUGGCCAACAACCACGCCGCGGGCCAGGGCAAGCCGAACCACAGCAACGCGACGCAAUGCGCCGAGACGGCGUGCAAGACAUUCGUCAACACCUCGCAGAACCUGGGCGUGCACUGCCCGCAGUGCAACCGGACGUACUGCCUCAAGCACCGCUUCCGGGAGGACCACGACUGCAAGAACCUGACGCCGCUGGGGGCGCGGCCGCUCGAGGUCGCCAUGCAGUCGAACAAGGAGAAGCUGCGGAUCGGGUUCGGCCGGCUCAAGACCUGGGGCAAGGAGCGGCAGGAGGCGCUGACCCCCAAGCCCAGCCCGUCGAGCAAGGCUGCGCAGAUGGCCGCGCUCAACGCCCUCAAGAGGACCGCAAGGGGCGACGACAAGCUCCCGCCCGAGAAGCGCGUGUACCUCCACGUCGAGGCCGAGGCCGCCUCCACCACGGCCAAGCUGCCCAAGGCCGACCUGUUCUUCUCCGCCGAGUGGGCCGUCGGCCGCAUGCUGGACGACGCCGCCAAGAGACUGCAGGUCGCCAACGUGAACAAUCGUGUCGAGACCGAGGAGCAGAGAUUGCGGGUCUACCACGUCGAAGGCGGCAGGUUGUUGGAGUUUAGCGAAAAGAUCGGGGCGUGUCUGGGGAAUGGGAACACGGUGGUGCUGUUAAGAGGCGUUGGUCCCAAGGAGGAUACAAAGUGAAUUACAACUCCCAGAAUUUUGUCUGUGAAAAUUACACAUGUUGUUGCAUAGCGGCGGCGUUCACCGGGAUGCGGGCAUGACGAGCGAUCCAGCGCGGAGCAGGUCAUAGCAUAAUGAGCAAAACAUAUUCAAUUGGGCUCAGAGGAAAGAACCAAUAUACCUGGAUGUCUGGACAAUGGACGACAUCUAUUCACCACCCAUCAAAAUACGAAAUACAUAAUCCUUG